CCCACAACAUCCUCUGCGUGUGUUUCCCGCGAACAAGGUGGGCUCGCGCCGUGCGGCAGCUCUGUAGCUGGGUUGGGCACACAGUCUUCAGGUUUACUUCCAAAAUACUGCGCAUAGAAAGUCGCACUCAUGGCGAAGCAAAGCUCACUUUUCAACUUUUUCACCAAGUCUCCGCCGCCGGUCUGCAAGGCCAAGCCGAAGACGAGCCCCUCUCCGACCGAGGCAGACCUGCCGUCCUCGGUGAAGAAGUCCAACUCCUCUCCUAAAGAGCAAGCUAAACAGGCCACGCAGGAGCAGAAGGAGAAGCAGCCAGCAGCAAAGACCAGCAGCAAAGUGAAACAGAAAAGUAACGCCAAAACUGCCAGCGGGGGAUUAAAGAAACUAUUCGGCGACAAGGCCCCGGCGGCUAAAGAAAGCAGCUCCACAUGCUCAUUCAAUGCUGGUGCCCUUGUGUGGGCCAAGCUAGAGGGACACCCCUGGUGGCCGUGCAUGGUGGUGCCCCAGCCUCUGACGGGACAGCAGAUGAGGGGCCGCGGUCGGGACCAACGCGUACAUGUUCACUUCUUUGAUGAACCUCCUACUAGAGGAUGGGUCAGCAGUAAAUAUAUCAGAGAGUACCGAGGCUCUGACAGCAGUGAUGCUAAAACUGGAGGGGUGUACUUCAGUGGUAAACCUGUGAUCCGACGUGCAAUGGAGAUGGCUGAUGGAGUUAUGUUUGACACCCCGGAGAAAAGAUUAAAGAUGCCUCUCUGCAUGGAUCCAUCAGACGAGGAAGAGGAUGAUGAGGAAGACAUGGAGCUCGACAACUCAACUUUGACCGAUGAAGAGGACAGCGACGUGGAUGAUGAGGAAAAAGAUGAUGAACCAGCCAAAGUCAGUCGUCGUUCAUCUCGUUCUUCCACGGAAAAGGGAAACACAGCCAAGCGCCGUCGCAUCAUUGUAGCCUCAGACAGCGAAGGGUCAGAUGAUGAGUUCAAACCUGAACAUGCUGCGUCGAGCAGCGAGGAGGAGGAAGAAGAGGAGGCGGCGGUGAGCAGUGAAGAGGAGAGCACGCAGGAGUCGGAACCAGAAAGCCCCGUCAAGCCUGUGAAGCGUAAACGCCCUGCGGAGAAGUCCACCAACACAAAAGCAAAGGCGCCCGCUGCCCUGUUCGCUGCACCCAAACGAGCUCCGGCAGCAGCAGUCACAGCUGACACCAAGUCUCGUUUAUCAGCCUUCUCUGCUCCUGACAGCUUUGAGAGUCAGACAAGUGGACCAGGAUCCACUGGCGGAGCAACGAUUUGGGAUCACGAGAAGCUGGAGUGGUUGCAGGACGGCAGGAGGAAAGACAGACAGAGGCGACGUCAGUCUGAGGACGACUACGAUCCUUCCACUCUGUAUGUGCCAGAAGACUUUCUGAACAGAGCCACUCCUGGUAUGCGUAGGUGGUGGCAGCUCAAAUCUGAGAUGUUUGACACAGUGAUUUUCUACAAGGUGGGGAAGUUUUAUGAGCUCUACCACAUGGAUGCCGUGACUGGAGUCAAUGAGCUGGGGCUCACGUUCAUGAAGGGGACCUGGGCGCACUCGGGUUUUCCAGAGAUCGGCUUUGGGCGUUUCUCAGAUGUACUUGUCCAGAAAGGCUACAAGGUGGCUCGCGUGGAGCAGACGGAGACGCCAGAGAUGAUGGAAGCUCGCUGCAAGACCAUGGCUAAGCCAACAAAAUUUGACCGUGUGGUGAGGAGGGAAGUGUGCCGGAUUAUCACGCGUGGUACCCAGACAUACAGUGUGUUGGACGGUGCUCCCUCAGAGAGUCAAAGCAAGUUCCUUCUGAGUUUGAAGGAGAAGGCAGAAGAGGAAAGCUCUGGUCGUUACCGCACCUACGGAGUCUGCUUUGUAGACACCUCCGUGGGUUAUUUCCACGUCGGUCAGUUCCCAGACGACCGUCACUGCUCCCGCCUGCGCACCCUGAUCGCUCACUUUUCCCCUGCUGAAGUGCUGUUUGAAAAGGGGAACCCAUCUGUUGAAACCCGCAAAAUACUGAAGGCCUCUCUGUCCUCCGCUCUGCAGGAAGGUCUGAAUCAGGGGACACAAUUCUGGGAUGCUCAGAAGACUCUGAAAACCUUGUCUGAAGAAGAUUAUUUUAAAGACGCUGCUGAGAAGGAGAACAGCACUGGGAGCAGUUUCCUCCCUGCUCUCUUGAAGAAGAUGACCUCCGAGAGUGAUUCACUGUGUCUUACUCCCAAGGAUGGCUAUGAACUAGCACUGUCAGCUUUGGGUGGAUGUAUAUUCUAUCUCAAGAAAUGCCUGGUAGACCAAGAGUUGCUCUCAUUGGCCAACUUUGAAGAAUACAUCCCAGUUGAUGUGGAGAUGGAGCAAGCAGCUGGACCUGCGAGUUUCUUUGCUCAGACUCGUCAGCGUAUGGUCCUUGAUGGAGUGACUCUGGCAAACUUGGAAAUCUUCCAGAACGGGACAGGAGGAGCAGAAGGGACACUGUUGGAGCGUUUGGACACCUGCUCUACCCCAUUUGGCAAACGGCUGCUGAAGCAGUGGCUCUGCGCGCCCCUGUGUAACCCCACAUCGAUCAAGGAUAGACUGGACGCCGUGGAGGACCUGAUGGGAGCUCAGGCCCAGGCUACAGAGGCUACAGACCUGCUGAAGAAGCUCCCAGAUCUGGAGCGUCUCCUGAGCAAGAUCCACAGCAUUGGCACCCCUCUGAAGGGGCAGGACCACCCUGACGGCAGGGCGGUUCUCUAUGAGGAGGUCACUUACAGCAAGCGCAAGAUAGCAGACUUCCUCUCUGCUCUGGAAGGUUUCAAAACUAUGCGGGAGAUCAUUUCUGCCUUCGCUCCACUUUCAGGCGAAAUUCGUUCCGCGUUGCUCCGUCAAGUCGUCAGUCUGAAGAGUGAAAAAAAUGGCCUCUUUCCCGACCUCUCUGCCGAGCUUCAACGCUGGGACACGGCUUUUGACCACCAGAAAGCCCGCACCACUGGCGUCAUAAGCCCGAAAGCCGGCUUUGACCCGGAGUACGACCAGGCCCUGGCCGAUAUCAAGAACUGCGAACGAGAGCUGCAGGACUACCUGGACAGGCAGAAGAAAAGACUCGGCUGUAAAAGCAUGGCCUUCUGGGGAACUGGGCGAAACCGUUAUCAGAUGGAGGUUCCCGACAGCAUCUCAGAGAGGAAUAUCCCAGAGGAGUAUGAAGUGAAGUCCACAAAGAAAGGCUGGAAGCGUUACGUGACAAAGGAGACUGAACGUCUGUUCUCAGAGCUGCAAGGAUUCGAGGAGAAGAGAGACGCUGCUCUGAAAGACUGCAUGAGGAGACUCUUCUACAACUUUGACAAAAACUACAAAGAGUGGAAGACUGGAGUGGAGUGCAUGGCAGUGCUUGAUGUGCUGCUGGCCAUGUCACGCUACAGCCAGGGUGGAGACGGACCAAUGACCAGACCACAGGUGGUGCUCCCUGAGGAUGACAACCAGGUGGUGCCCUACGUUGACCUCAUUGGAUCCCGCCACCCUUGUGUCACCAAGACCUUUUUCGGGGACGACUUCAUCCCUAAUGACGUCUUCAUCGGCUGCCCCGGCAGCAGCGAAAGCGAGGUGGAAGGUUGCGCCUCGUGCGUCCUCGUCACGGGGCCGAACAUGGGCGGAAAGUCUACCCUCAUGAGACAGUGUGGACUUGUGAUCAUCCUGGCCCAGCUCGGUUGCUACGUUCCGGCUGAAAGCCUCCGCUUCACGCCAGUUGACAGGGUCUUCACUCGGCUGGGAGCCUCGGACCGCAUCAUGGCCGGAGAGAGCACCUUCUUCGUGGAGCUGAGCGAGACUGCCAGCAUCCUGCACCACGCCACUAAACACUCGCUCGUGCUCCUGGAUGAACUGGGAAGGGGCACGGCUACAUAUGACGGCACAGCGAUCGCCAGCGCUGUUGUGAAGGAGCUUGCUGAGAAGAUCUGCUGUCGCACGCUUUUCUCCACACAUUAUCACUCCCUGGUGGAGGACUACGCCAGCAACCCCGCUGUGCGCCUGGGCCACAUGGCGUGCAUGGUGGAGAAUGAAUGUGAGGAUCCAAGUCAGGAGACCAUCACAUUCCUCUACAAGUUCAUCACCGGGGCUUGUCCCAAGAGUUACGGCUUCAACGCCGCUCGACUCGCCAGCCUGCCGGAGGAAGUGAUCCAGUCGGGACACAAGAAGGCCAGAGAGUUUGAGAAAAGCACCAUCAGCCUCAGAUUGUUCAAGAAGUUCUGCCAACUUGCUGAUGAUGCUACACUGGACAACGCGCACUUUGCUUCACUUGUCCAACUCAUCCACACCCUGUAGUUUGUAAACAGAUGUUGCUGAAGUUCUGUGUUCUCAGCACUUG